AGAACAAACCUCUCAGACUUGUGGCUUCACCGAUCCAUCCCACUUCCACACUUCACACGUAAAUACUGACGUACGAGCUCUCGCCAGUUUCGUCUGAAACGACACAUAACGUGAAAGAGACGGCGGAAGAGAGAGAGAGAGAGAGAGAGAGAGAGAGAGAGAGAGAGAGAGAGAGAGAGAGAGAGAGAGAGAGAGAGAGACGUCGCUACUGUACAUUCAGCUCGAAACCGUUUCUUAUAGCUUUGCUGCACAAAUUAAAAACAGGCACAUGAUAACCGAAGGACUAUUUUUCUCUCUGCGGAUUGUUUUGUGUUUGCACGCUUUCUGUAGGAUGUAAGCUUAAGCUUGUGGUUCAUUAAGAUGAGACUGAUGAACGGUUUGCGCCGUCACUCUUCUGCGCUAUGAAGGAUGCAGAAUGCUUUGAUGCCGAAUCUGUGAGGGUUUAAGAGAAGGUGGCUGACAGCGAGGACUUAAACUGGAAUUGCGUUAUUCUUAGCCCCUGCUUCAUUCUAAUGCUCUUUUACAACCUGGGUGGAUUCAACGUUAAGAAGGAAUGAGCAUGAGACAGAAGCCUCCUGUUCAAGAUUGUUUCAAAUGAUGAAAGUGAAUUGUCUUGUCCUGACAUGCCUAGAAUGACUUCCUGAAUCUGCUUAAGUAGUGAGGCACUACUGCGAGUCACUGUGUGCAGGAUGAAGACACCGACCCGGACUGUGCUAAGCAGAAAAUACCUCCUAAGUGAUUGAGAUAUGACUUCUCCUUCGCCAUUUGUAUGCUCACAUCAACUAUUUCGAUUCUCUGAAGCUACUUAUCCCUGACCAAGAGAGGAGGACAGUGAGAAGAGAAGAUUUAAAGGAAGACAGUUCGCCCAAGUAAUUAGAGCAGAAAAGUGCACCAUGCAGUCAGACGACCUCUUCAUCCGAAAGUUCCGCCGACAGAGCCCACGUCCGACUCCGGUCUUUGAGCCCAAGCAUGUGGUGGUGGCAGAAUGGCCGCCCCGGAGGGAUGGUGAGGGAGCAGAGGUUGAGAGUGUGACAACACCCAGUAGGGCAGGGCUUAAUCAGCGCGCAGUUGCUCGUGGCCACAUCAUGCAGCGCAGCAACAGUGAUGUCACUCUGGGAGAUCUGGACUCAGCGGCAAAGGCAGGAGCAAAAGCAGUCAGGUCAGCAAGCGAAAAGGCCGGACAGGUGGGACAAGGCGAGUCUAGUAUAGUCCUCCACCGGGAAUAUGGGAGUCUCUCCUCAUUAGAAAAGCAGAGCCAACCUCCAGAGCCCUGCAUGGACGAGCAGACCAUUCUCAGUCCCAACGCUCUUCGCUUUAAAGAUCCGUUCUUGUUACUCGGGCUCCAGGAUACACCGCCUGAGCCAGACGGCUUUUUCCGUGCACUAGAAGUCCAAAAACCAGCCAAGCCCCCUAAACCUGAAGCUCUAAACAAGAAAUCAAAGCCAUCACCCAUUCAGCUUACUUGUGCACCAUGCGAUCAGACAGUUGGAGGUGCAUGGGUGCGCAACUUUGCCCAUUAUGAUGUGCAGAGCAUCCUGUUUGACUUGGGUGAAGCAGCCACUAGCCGAGACAGCGUAGGCCGCAAGAAGAACAUCACCUCAGGGGCAUCAGCUGCCUCGCAACUCCGGCCUCUUUCCCAGGCCCCUCCUGCCUCACCCUCUCAGAGUCUGGCCAGUGGGACUGUAGGGACAGCUUGCAAAGAGGAACCAGAACCAUGCCUUCUGGACGAAGGAGACGGCAACGACAAUGAUUUGCUUCUCAGCUGCCCACACUUUAGAAACGAGAUGGGGGGAGAAGAGAGGGCUGGACUUGGAAAAACCCAGUGCGGUAGCGGGCGAUGGAGGAGUCUCCAGAGCCCCAAUGAUGCUGUGUCUGUAUUGGAGGAACCCAGAGAAAGCCAUGUGCAGCAGCAGGGAAAGAGCAACUACUUCAUCGAGCAUGCAGACCUGGGGGCACGCUACUACCAGAAGUAUUUCUACAUGAAAGACCAUCAGAAUUUCUUCGGCACGGACGAGCGACUCGGGCCGGUGGCUAUCAGUUUCCGGCGUGAGGAGAAAGAAGGCUCGAGUGGCGCUCAGUAUAUGUUUAGAAUCAUAUUCAGGACCACAGAGCUUAAGACCCUUCGUGGCUCCAUUCUGGAAGAGUCUGUACCAUGUGCAACACGGCACACAACUCCAAGAGGGCUUUCCCCCAAGAGACUUCUGGAGUUCAUCCUCCCAGAUCUCAACUUGCACUGUCUGAGGCUUGCUUCUCCAUCUCCCAAAGUUCGUGACACGCUGCUCAAACUGGAUGAGCAAGGGCUGAAUUUCCAGCGAAAGGUUGGGGUGAUGUACUGCCGUGCAGAACAGAGUACAGAGGAAGACAUGUAUAAUAACGAGAGUGCCGGUCCGGCGUUCGACGAGUUCCUGGACCUGCUGGGAGACAGAGUGAGACUGAAGGGCUGGGAGAAAUACAGAGCACAGCUCGAUACCAAGACGGAUUCCACCGGGACACACUCUCUAUACACACGGUAUCAAGAUUACGAGAUCAUGUUCCAUAUUUCCACCAUGCUCCCAUACACAUCCAACAACACACAACAGCUAUUGAGGAAAAGACAUAUAGGGAACGAUAUUGUGACGAUAGUCUUCCAGGAGCCGGGGGCCAUGCCGUUCACCCCCAAAACCAUCCGCUCUCACUUCCAGCACGUGUUCAUAAUCGUCCAAGUGCACGAGCCUUGCACGGAAAACACCUACUAUCGCGUUGCUGUUACUCGCUCCAAGGACAUCCCUCUUUUUGGCCCACUUUUCCCCAAAGGUGCUCGCUUUCCACGCUCGCAAGCUUUCCGUGACUUCCUGCUCGCCAAGGCUAUAAACGCUGAAAACGCAGCUGAGAAAUCGGAGAAGUUCCGAUCGAUGGCCACACGCACACGUCAGGAAUAUCUAAAGGACCUAGCAGAGAACAAUGCCACCACCACACCUAUUGAUUCAUCCACCAAGUUUCCCCUGCUCUCCCUGGGAGGCAAACGCAAAGAUAAGUUCAAGGCUGCUAAAGGAGCAGAGCUACACAGUGCCGGCGCUCUGGUAUGGCCCGUCUGCGCCAGCAAGGAUGACGACGGGCCCAAAUUGGCCUGUCUGCUGGGCAUCUCGGCCGAAUUUGUGGUGCUGAUUGAACGCUGCAGCAAGCUGGUCAUCUUUAACUGCUCGUGCCGUGAUGUGAUCGGGUGGAAGGCAGUGACCGUGCCUGGCAUCAAGGGUGGGCCUUGUCUGGAUAUCUUUUACGAGAGGGGCGAAGCUGUCUCGAUUACAGUGUCAGAGAGCCAGACGGAGGAUAUUAAAGAGGUGGUGCAGAGGCUUGAGCUGGUGACAAGAGGAUGCGAGGCACGUGAAGUCACCCCUCUGAGGGACAACACGGGUCAGCCGGGCUUCAUAAUGAGCGCAGAGGGCUUCGUGACGGAUCUGCAGCGCUUCUGUUACGCCGAGAGCGGAGGCCUACAGCUGAGCGCACGUAUAGUGAGACUCUGCGGACACACGCUGGUCCACCUCAGCCAAGAAGAGAGAACGAGGUUGCUGCGUACGGCCCCCAAAAUUCACAUCACCGUCAUCCCACCCGACGAGAACGGCAAACCUCGCAGAAGCUUUUCUGAACUCUAUCAGAAGUCCAUCCAAGAUGCAGAAAGCAAGUCUGGCGAGGGCCACUCGGGCGAGGCCUGGAUCCUGGACGAGCGAGAGGGAGACGAGGACGAGGACGAGGGUGAAGAGGAGGAGAGAGAGGGGGAAAGGGAGCAGGGCGAAGGGGAGGAGUCAGACAGCGUGACCCAAUCAGAUAUGAGGGAGGAAGAUGAGAGUAGAACUCCAGACAUCAGUGGCUUGCUUUCUCCACCCAGCUUGCCUCUCCUAAGAGCUACUUCACUGCAAGACAAUCCCCCAUCACAGGCGCUGGAAAUCACUCCCUCAUCUCUCACACGCAGCUACUCAUUCGAUAGAACCCUGCCCUGUCAGGACAUCUGUGAUGGGCAUGUGUACGAUAACGUUGGGGUGAAGGUGAACAGGCAUAUCUACGAGAAUCCCGAAGAGCUGAGCGACGUCACCCCUGACCUCAUACUGGCUGUCAAACCAAAGGUUCCUCUCCUUGAAGAUGGACAGGUUGGAGUUGGAAUAGAUGUGCUGGGCGAGGAGAGACCAUCGGGCAGUGAGGCACCUCUUCACUCAGCACGUAUAGAGAGGAACUCCAGAGCGGAGAGAAACUCCAGAGCAAUGAGUAUCCAUAACUCCAUCACAAAGAUUCUUUCAGAAACUGAAAGAGAUUCAUCAGAGGAGGAAUGGCAGUCUAUUUCUGACCUCGCCACAGCCUGCAGGAAUAUUCUCGAAGCCCUAUCGCGAGAAGAUCGUAAGGCCGGUGACGGCACUCAGGCAGGAGCCGACACACUGACGCAGACAGACGCCAAGUUUAAAGAUAUUAAAGACAGUGACUCACCCAGUCACCUGGAGGAGAAGGUGUCCCAGUUGGAGGCCAUGCUGAAACGAUUACAGGAUGACCUCCAAAAGGAGAAAGAGGACAAAGCCAUGCUGCAGGCAGAGGUGCAGAGUCUGAGACAGAACAACCAGCGGCUGCAGGAGGAGUCGCAGAGCACCGUGGCGCGCCUCAUCAAAGUCACCGAGCUCCUGUGCAAUGUCAACAAACCCUGCUAGUAGAACGGGCCAGCGAGAUACACACAGACCAAUGAAGAUCAGCAACAAAUGCUAGCAAGAAGCAUUGAGCAAAGCAAUCCAGACAGACCUGCGAGACCCAGAGCCCAAGCCUAGACUCAUAUAAACCACUGAGAAAUGACAUUAAUGUUAGCAAGACAUGUUAGCAAUGUAAUCUAGACAGAGCAGCAAGACCCAGACCUCAGACACUCAAUCAUAUAAACCACUAAAGAAUGACACAAACGUUAGCCAAUUUUACCAAGCUAGCACACUGAGUCAUCCAGUGCAUCCUGAAGGAUAGACAUAGAUUCAAAUUUUUGGAGAAUGUUAGCAUAGUAGCAGUGUAGACCAUCUUUAAGAACACACCAAACCACGUACCUCUGUCUAAGCCUAUAUUAAGUGUAAAAACAAUCAACGAAGACUAGCAUCCUGUAUAGUUAACCAUUGCUUUUAUCAAUUAUUUCUCUGCCGAAAUUAGUGUGGUGCAGCCUUACAUGUUCAUCAGGCGUUACAUAUCCAGCUAGUUUCAGGAACAAGCAGUCUGGUGUUGUUGAAAGUGAGAAAGUCGGUGACGUUACUGUAAGCAACAGCAGAGCACAAUCUUAACUGCAUGAUACCUGUUGAAAAGGCCAGACCCCAUAGUUUUAAUAUUCUAACCUGAAAUGCUAACAUUUCUAACUCUGAAUAAAAGUUAGUAGUCUAAUUAGCAUGAUGAGCCAGUAGCAGCUUUCAUUCAUUGUUGGAGAAGUUAGCAUUUUACGCAAUGGGCUUUUUUUUAAUCACAUAACUAACCGUCUGACUUCAGGGUUUUUUUUUUGGCACCAAGAUAAUCUCCCAGCUCAAUUAAACACGCCAACAUCACCCUCACUCUCAGUAUAAGGAACAUUCGUGUUCACCAAGUUUGAAAAUCUUUAGGCAUUAUAUUGUGUAUGAUAUUUGAUUAAGCGUGUGUCUGCGGUUAUGGUGACUAUUAGUAAUCUUGUAAGCCUUAUUUUCAUACAACAAUUGGAAAAAGUGUUUGCAUCAACAAUCUCAGAUGUGUGUAGUUAUUCCAGAAGGCCAAGGCAGUUCGGUACAGACGAAUUUAGAUAAGUUUGAGCGCUGACUUUGUUUGGUUUUAUUCAUAUACUAUACACACAGACAUUGCAGUAAUAAGGAAUACUGACCAGGGUGAAUUAUUUUUUCUGGGCAGAAACGUAACCUGGCACCUUUUUUCUUUUAAAUUAAUGUAAUUUGAUGACUAAUGCUAAACGAAGAGGUGGAAAUGAUUUUUAGAACAGGAAGAAAACUGAAGCUCCAUCUGCUGGACAUGUCGGGAACUGCAUUACACCGUAACACUGGAAUGUGGUGCUUGACCGCAAACAGGAACUUUGACUUGAAAUAGAUUGGAUUCCUGCAUCUAAUUAUAAGACUGAGCCAUUUUUUAUGACGUUGAAAAUGUCACUGUAUUCAAAGACAUUUGUUAAAAAAGGUAGAAGAAGAAGAAGAAGAAAACAAAAAACAGUGAUUCACCAAGUGACUGCUGGCUGCAGAAGGAAACACCUCCACUCCUGUGUGUGCUGAGAACUGGGACGUGUAUGUAUUUAACACUUCUCUUCAUCCACCUCUUACCUCGUGAAGAUCCAGUUAAUGGUGACUUCACAGUGUGGCUUUAGAACAAUGUGUGUGUGUGUGUGUGUGUGUGUGUGUGUGUGUGUGUGUGUGUGUGUGUGUGUGUGUGUGUCUGUGUGUGUGUGUGUGUGUGUGAGAUGUUGACUGGAAAAUCAGCACCGUCAUUGAAGGUAUCGGUCUAAAUUCAUCACACUUGGAAUAAACUCUCAAGCCACACACACACACACACACACACACACACACACACACACACACACACACACACACACACACACACACACACAGAGCCAGAACCUGGCCAAUACUACUGUAUGUUGUACAUAGUCUUUUAUCUUCCUCUUGUAAUUUUUGAGUUGAUUUUAGCGUCACUGUGAUAAGCCGGUACCAGCAGAUUGAUAUUUCUGAAGAUUAAAUGAUAUCUUUAUGUCUAUGUGAUGUACAGCCAAAAUGUUUCAGUCUUACUUCCCUCUGAAACGUUCAGCACUUCAGCAUCCUCAAGCUAAAUCUGGCCAACCGUGAUCAGUGCGAUUAAAAAAAAAAACAAUCAAACAAACAAACAAAUAAAUAAAUACACAACGGGUUUAAAACGCCACUCAUCUCA